UUAUCGCUCGUCGGAAAGGUGUAAGACGUUUGCUAAGCAAAUUGUUAAGAGCGGACGAGACCGAGGUCACAAUGAAAGAGUCUCCGCGAAGAGAACAGAGAGCGGGUGAGGGCGAGUGAGUCGGGCGGCGAGGAAGGGAAGGAAGCGAGGGAUAUAAUAGUACCUGAAAACAUAGGAAAAAAGACCCCCGAAAAGCCCAGUAAAAAUGCCGGGAUUUCGAGAGGAUCCCAACAGCAUUAAGCAGCCCAUAUAUGACUGCCACAUCAUGAGCAAAGACAUGUGGUGGGGGGCAAUUGGGUCUUCGUGCACUAUAUACUUCGGAGGUUUGCUCUACAUCCUCUUGUUCCGACUCGUCAAGUACCUGAUCCCGAGAAUACCCUGUGAAAGGGGGGAAUUACAGUGGAUGAAGAGUAAGAUGAGACUGACGGGCAAUAAAAGAUCCGACAAGCAGCGAAUCAGUCAAAUGGCUCUGGACCACUUGAAGAGGAUGAGAUAUCCAAAUCGGAAAAUACCCCUAAAACCCUCAGAAUCAAAGCACAAGAAGCACGAAGGUUUAAUGAGCUCGAUCCAGGACUGGGCAGAACGCACAAUAGCGGCCCAGUCCCAGUCCGGCAGAGUGCUGAUGAUAAUUGUGUUCGUGCUCAGCUUCGCUUCGCUGCUCAUCUACUUCUUCAACUCCAUGGAAAAUAAUUUAUUAUUUCUUUCUUGCGUUGCAUUUUUUCUUUCCCGCAGAAACUAUGACGUCUCCCAGAUUAUCCUCGAUGAAGUGGAGUUGAUUGACGUGGGUUUCAAUGCAUUUUUUACCAUCUACUUUGGAUUACGGUUUGUGGCCUCAAACAAUAAGCUGCGGUUCUGGUUUGAAAUUAAUUCCAUUGUGGAUUUCUUCACUAUUCCUCCCACUGUGGUUUCCCUCUACUUCAAACAGGAUUGCGUCGGUUUGAGGUUCCUCCGAUCACUCAGGCUGAUCCAUCUGCCGGAAAUCCUGCAGUACAUAAAAAUCCUGAAGAAAAACACCUACAUCAAGCUGACGAGUCUGAUGUGUGUAUUUCUUGGAACUUGGCUCUCAGCUGCCGGCUUCAUCCACAUGGUGAAUGAGAAUUCGGGGGACCCGUGGCUGAAGGAACCAAACAUCCAUAAAAUCACCUACUGGGAGUGUGUCUAUCUGUUGAUGGUCACCAUGUCCACCGUUGGCUAUGGCGAUAUCGUGGUCAAAACAAUGCUCGGUCAAAUCUUUAUGAUCUUCUUCAUCAUCGGCGGUCUGGGCCUGUUCGCGAGUCACGUCCCCGAGAUGAUUGAAAUUAUUGGAAGCAGGAAGAAGUAUAAUGGGAAUUACAGGGCAGUGACUGGCAGAAAGCACAUUGUCUUGUGUGGCCAUAUCACCUUUAACUCGAUGAGGGAUUUCCUCAACGACUUCAUCCAUAAGGAGAAAGAUGAAAGCAAUGUGGUGGCCAUAGUAGUUCUGGAGGAUAUUGAACCUGACGUGGAUUUGUCGACUCUGUUCAAACUGAACCUCACCCGCUUAGAAUUUUUACAAGGCUCGGUGUUUGAACACGAAAGUCUUGUCAGAGCUAAGGUGAUCAAAGCAGAUGCCUGUCUAAUCCUCGCAGACAAGAACUCUACAAAUGCAGAGGUGGAAGAUUCCAUUAAUAUUAUGAGGGCUAUCUCUAUAAAACAGUACGCUCCAGAUGUCAGAGUCAUCGUACAAUUGCUUCAGUAUCAUAGCAAGGCGUAUCUACAGAACCUGCCCAACUGGGACAUGAACCAGAGGGACAUUGUCAUCUGCCUCUCAGAGUUGAAGUUGGGUUUCCUUGCCCAGAACUGUGUUGUGCCAGGUUUCUCCACUUUGCUUGCGAACCUCUUCAUCAAGAAAUCAGAUGUGAAGAUUACUUCCGGUACCUGGGUCGACAGUUAUCUGGAAGGAAUAUCGAAUGACCUUUACACGGAAUAUCUUUCUAACAGCUUCAACGGAAUGAGCUUUGCUGCAGUGUGCAACAUUUGCUUUGUUAAGCUCAAGAUACUGCUGAUUGCCAUUGAGCACAGAGAAUUCGAGAACAAGAGUCGCAGUAACCUUCGGUCUCAGGCUACGUGUGUCCAUUCCCUUUGCAGUUUAUUAGUGAACCCUGGUGAUCACAUCAAGAUACAACCACACACCUUAGGAUUCUUUUUUGCUCGCAAACGUGGCAACGUGAUCAGGGCAAACAUUUACUGCAAUUUAUGCCAUACAGACAUUUAUGACUUGAAGAGGAUUAAAAAAUGUAUAUGCAAAAGCUCUGAAAAUAUAAUGGCAGACAUUCCUCUCGCCAAAGGUGAGGCCUAUCGGGUUCUGGCAAGUCGAUCAUCAAAAGAGAGGUUUCAGAAGAUAGUGGAGGAAGAUGAUGAAUAUGAAGAUGCCAGGAAUUACGACUCAACUGGAAUGUACCACUGGUGCCAGCCCAAGAACAUCAAAGAAGUCUCUCUGGACCGUCAUACAGCGGGCAGCCGCAGUCUGUGCAAACACGUGAUUGUGUGCGUCUUUGGGGACGCUCGAGCCCCGAGCCUGGGGCUAAGGAACUUCAUCAUGCCCCUGAGAGCCAGCUGCUUCACCUACGAUGAGCUGAAGACCAUCGUGCUGGUGGGAUCGUUGGAUUACCUGACAUCCGAGUGGCACAGCAUCAACUACUUCCCCAAACUAUUCAUCAUGAUGGGCUCACCUCUCUGCCGUGCGGACUUAAAGAGCGUCAACAUCGGCUGCUGCGAUAUGUGUGUGAUCCUCUCCUCCAACUGGGUGAAGUUCAAAGAGAAACCUCUGCAAGAUAAAGAGUGCGUUCUGGCUACCCUCAACAUCAAAGGCAUGCUGUUUGAGGAAAGCUUAGCCGAUGAACAGUUCUCCUCCAUCAGUUUAGACACUAAGGCAAGAGAGGAGAGUAAUGACCUGCAAGACAACUUCCCCAAACAGUACUUCAGAAUCCCUACCAUCACCUCCUUGGUGAAUGAGUCUAGUGUGCGGUAUCUGGACCAGGAGAGCUGGGAUGAAGCUGAUAUUGACCUGUACCUCACACGGCCAUAUGCGAGUGGAUGCGUCUUUGCAGCGAAUAUUUUGAACUCGUUAAUGUGUGCGACUUACUUCAAUGAAAAUAUCCUGACCCUGAUCCGCACAUUGGUGACAGGUGGAGCAACACAUGAGUUGGAAGAGCAGUUAGGGGAUGAGGAUGUGUUAAGAGGCGGCUCGGAUAUUGAGCACCACAUGGUGAACAGGCAGAGGUGCAAGUUAGCCAGGAUGACCCUGUGUGACAAACGGUUCAGAGAGUAUGCGGACAAUGGGAACUAUGGAGACCUGUUCUGUAAAGCUUUGAAUGUUUAUGGAAUUCUUUGCUUUGGGCUUUUCCGCUUACAGAAUUCCAAAUUCGAGUCGAAGGCAAGAUACGUCAUCACCAAUCCACCAGGUAAUUUCAAACUGAAUAACACAGAUUUUGUCAUGUGCUCAGUGCCAUACAAAGACAUCAUCACCAUUGAAACCCCUACCUAUUGCUGGAAGAACUAUUCGGCCAAAUUCAUUACCAAUCCCACCCAUCACAGGAAGUCAAUAACCUUUGUUCCUCCUGUAAGAGUCAGCCUUCCCGCGCAGGUGCAAAGCAGACCCCCAUCGAUAGAAAAUAAGGUGUGAGCCCAUUUUGUCGCCCGCAGGCCUCUCCGCAGACCUGACUGUAAAGGUUUAGCAAUAAAGUUGUUCUCAAGA